GCGACUCCCAUUUGGGAUAUGAAUGAAAAGCUGUUUCUUUUACAAUUUCUCUGUCAUUUCCUUUAUUCUCUGCAAUUCGCCUCUUGGUCCUUCUGGAACCUACCACGCUUUCACGUCGGAACGCAGCGAAACCGAUACGAAACGACACGAACUGGUCCUACGGAUUCGGUACUCUCGCUGGUGAUUCUUCAGGGUCGUCCGUCCUCUUAAAGCGGUUAAUUUUUCUCAUCAAGGAUUAUUUUGUUAUGUAUUCAUAAGACGUCAAUCAUUGCCUUCCGCAUGCACGCCAUAGGAUAACAUUCGAGUUGGUCUUGUGAGAAUAGUGGGCAGUUCAAAUUCGCGAGGCAUUAUUCUGCACUUAUUGCCUAAUUUACUAGAUAUGGCCAUAUGCUCUCAAUGCUGAUUUUCUACGUACUGGUUCACCAAGUUUUAUCAAUAAUUUUUGGCAGCGGAUGAAAUCAUAGUGUUGCCUAUUUGGAGAUAUCAAUAUUUUAUAAUUAGUUAUGGGUUCCUGAAAUUAAUUGGGCUAUAAAUGGACACAUAUGGUGAGAACAAUAUCUUGAUGGAGUUACUGGAUGUAUCUGCAAUUUUGUGUUGAACAAAGGGAAAAUGCUAUCAAGUUGGAAACCCCGUACUGAUUUGAUGCUUAUCUCCUUGGGGUACACCUUAAUCUUGUUCGUUGGGAUAUCUAGAACUAGAGAGUAUUUAAACAGUGUGAUAUAAGAAGAAACCAUGGAGUAUGAAUCAAAUAAACGAUUUCCUUUGGAUGCAAAAGAUUAUAAGUUAUAUGAAGAAGUUGGUGAAGGUGUCAGUGCUUCCGUGUACAGGGCACUCUGUAUACCACUUAAUGAGAUAGUUGCUAUCAAGGUUCUUGAUCUGGAAAAGUGUAACAAUGACCUGGAUGGUAUCCGACGGGAGGUUAAUACAAUGACUUUGAUUAAACACCAAAAUUUAGUACGAGCACAUUGUUCAUUCACUGCUGGCCACAGCCUUUGGGUCGUGAUGCCAUAUAUGGCUGGAGGGUCCUGCCAGCAUAUAAUGAAAUCUUCUUAUCCUGAAGGGUUUGAAGAGCCUGUUAUUGCGACUUUAUUGAACGAAGUUCUCAAAGCUCUUGUGUAUCUUCAUGCUCAGGGCGACAUCCAUAGAGAUGUGAAGGCUGGGAAUAUUUUAAUUGACUCUAAUGGUGCCGUCAAGUUAGCAGACUUUGGAGUGUCCGCAUGCAUGUUCGAUGCUGGUGAUAGACAACGUUCCAGAAAUACGUUUGUUGGAACUCCAUGCUGGAUGGCUCCUGAAGUUAUGCAGGAGUUACCUGGAUAUGACUUCAAAGCAGACAUCUGGUCAUUUGGAAUAACAGCGCUUGAGCUUGCUCAUGGUCAUGCCCCAUUUUCUAAGUAUCCGCCCAUGAAAGUUUUGCUUAUGACUUUACAAAAUGCACCCCCAGGCCUUGACUAUGAAAGAGACAAAAGAUUUUCAAAGUCUUUCAAAGGGAUGGUAGGUGCUUGCUUAGUGAAGGAUCCAAAGAAGCGUCCAUCUUCAGAGAAGCUUUUGAAGCACCAUUUUUUCAAACAUGCACGACCUGUUGAAUAUCUGUCGCGAACCAUUCUUGAGGGUCUUUCUCCAUUGGGUGAACGUUUCAGGAUGCUGAAGGCAAAAGAAUCCGAUCUUCUUGUGCCGAAUAAGGCUCUCUAUGGGGAUGAACAUUUAUCACAGCAAGAGUAUAUCCGAGGAAUCAGUGCCUGGAAUUUCAACAUUGAGGAUUUAAAAAAUCAGGCUGCCCUUCAGAUUGAAGAGGAUGGCAUGCCCAAUGCAUCAAGUGAGAAGCAAAUUGACAAGGACGAGGAUGUUAGUUUUCCAGCGAAGAGGGAAGCCACUGAGAUGGAAAUCCAAGCAAAUGCUGUGCCUUACGAGGAGGAUGGCUUCAACGAUCUGCAUGAUUUGUGAGGAUGAUGUGAGUGCAUCUAGUCCUAGAAACAUUGCUCAAGAAAAUGGAAGAAGUGAAGGUGAGACUUCAAGGCAAUGUUGUUCUUUACCACGUCAUGUUAAUCCCGAGCCUAAAAAGUUUUGGAGUGGUUCACUGUAACUGGAUAAUGUGCUUUCUCCCAAAAAGGUUAUUGGCAAUGGUGAAAGGUAAGUGUUCUUAUGAUGAAGUUGAUUGGGUUGUUUAAUGUGCUUUUUCUUGUUGCCUAGUAUUGUUAUGAGUCAUCCUUUGUUGGAACCACACUGUAUUUUUUUAUUUUUCACGUUGAAACCAUCAUAUGAUAAUAUUGUAUACGUUGGAUCAAAUUUCAAGAUCUUUGCCCGCACACGUGGCUGUCUGUGAUUUCGCUUU